UGCUGCCUGGCGCGGCGCUGGAACCAGCUGGACCGCUCCGACGUGGCGGUGCCGCUGACCCUGCACAGCUACUCGGACCUCGAGAGCGAGGAGCCGGGUCCGGGCGGCACCGCCUCGCGCAGGGACCCGGUUCCCACCGGCGUCUCGGACCCCGACCGGGACGUGCCGCUCACUCAGUACCAGAGCGACUUCGGCGUGCGGACGGCGCCCAGGGAUACUCCGCAGGGGCGCGGAGCGGGGACCGGCGGUCGCAGGGACAGACCCCCUGCGCACGGCGGCCAAGGGGUCUACGUGCUCCCCAUCGGCGACGCGGACGCGGCUCCAGCAGCGACCACGUCAUACAGACAGGAAUUCCAGGCCUGGACAGGAGUGAAGCCAUCAAGAGCCACAAAGGUGAAACCAGCCACGAUCAUUACAACCCACAGCUCUGGAUGGGACAGAAGCUCCGAAGCCAGCUUCCAGGUCCCAGAGGUGAGGAAGAAAUUUGCUCCCAACCCUUCAGCCAUCUUUCAGGCUCCAGCGCCUCGGAUUCUCAAUGUGUGA